UCACUCAGCUCACUAUGAAUCAAUGCAAGAAGACACCAAUAGCUUUCUAAACUCGCCUGUAAUUGGAUAGAAGCGUCUGCUAUGUAAAACUCAAUAUGUUUUUAACUAGACGUAUAGGAAGAUUUUAAAAAAAAACGGUUUUUGAACAGGUUCGACGAAAUGAGCCGUCCGAAGGAACCGAUUCGCUCAAAUGACUCGGACUCCUCUCGGUUUUUAUGAAUGGAGAGGAGGAGCGUCGUUCACUUUGCAGUUCUCCAUUGUGGCCAGCGGAGGGAGCGUCAUCUUUCAUCUUUCACCGCUGCUGCUUUUCAGGAGCGUCUGAUCUUCAUUCGCCUUCUCGCGUUAAAGCGUCCAAAAGCUCCCGGAUGACGCGGAGCCGAUCGUUUAAUAUAAUAAAAUACCUCCAGGCAACCGAGCCGGCUUUCGACGAGUUUCGACGGAGCACCGUGAUGAAUUUUCCCCUUCGUCACGCAGGCGAGCGGACCGAAGCUCCGCUGGAUCACCAUUAGUGUGUGCGCGUAAGAAAAAAACAUAUAUAUGUGGAUCCAACCGAACCGGGACCGGAUCAUGAACGCGCCGUGUUGAAGCGGCGGGCCUCUCGAGCGGAAAACGGCGCGAGUCUCGCGCUGCUUUCGCUGCUGUUAGCCUGAACGCUGCUAACGGGCCUAAAAAAGCCCGGUCUGAUCUCAACAGUCCGAUCUGAACAGCUGUGCGAGCUUUAAUAAGGUCCUCCAGAGGGAGAGCGGAGGAUGGCCAGCCGCCUGAGCGCCGAGGAGGAGCAGGCCACGAAGCAGUUUUUGGAGGAAAUCAACAAAUGGACGUCCCAGCACGGCGUCUCGCCGCUGUCCUGGGACGUGGCGGUGAAGUUUCUGAUGGCCCGCAAGUUCGACGUUCUGCGAGCGAUCGAGCUUUUUCACAGCUACAGAGAGACUCGUCUGAGGGAGGGCAUUGUUAAACUGCAGCCUCACGAGGAGCCCUUACGCUCUGAGCUGUUGAGUGGGAAGUUCACCGUGUUGGGUGUCCGGGACCCGUCUGGUGCAUCCAUCGCCCUUUACACGGCUAAACUACACCAUCCCAGCAAAACAGGAAACCAUGUGGUUCUUCAGGCCCUGUUCUACCUACUGGACAGAGCUGUGGAGAGUUUUGAGACUCAGAGAAAUGGACUGGUCUUCAUUUACGACAUGGCUGGAUCCAACUACACAAACUUUGAACUGGACCUCAGCAAAAAGAUCCUCAACUUGCUCAAGGGUGCGUUCCCAGCACGCCUGAAGAAGGUGCUUAUCGUUGGAGCUCCUGUGUGGUUCAGGGUCCCGUAUAACCUUUUAAGUCUGUUGCUGAAGGAGAAGCUCAGAGAACGGGUUCAAAUGGUUAAGAUGGCCGACCUGCGAGAGCAUCUGCCCAGAGACUGUUUACCGGAGCACCUGGGUGGCUGUUUGCCUCUGGACGUGCACAGCUGGAACCUGCAGCUCCUGUCGGAGCAGAACGGACGCGUGGACCCCGUGGACGAGCUGGUGGGGAUUCCUCUGGAGAACUCGUCCAUACAUGUCCCGGGACCUGAAGCCAUGGGUCUGGCCGAGCUCAUGGCCCACCUGAACCGGGCCCAGCGCAGCGGGAUCUACAUGGAGUACGAGGAGCUUCGCAGAGAGCAGCCCCCUGGAACCUUCACCUGUGCGCUGGCUCCUCACAACCAGGAGCGGAAUCGUUAUGGCGACGUGCUGUGUCUCGAUCAGACUCGAGUGCGGCUCAAAGCUAGGAGAAACGAGAGAUCAGACUACAUAAAUGCCAGCUUCAUGGAUGGAUACAAACAGAAAAAUGCAUAUAUUGGGACGCUUGAGGGUCCGCUGGAGAAAACCUACGGAGAUUUUUGGAGAAUGGUUUGGGAGCAAAGUGUGCUUGUCAUAGUAAUGACAACAAGGACGGACGAGGGCGGCCGGAGGAAGUGUGGACAGUACUGGCCCAAGGAGGAGGGCGGUCAGGAGGUGUACGGGCACAUCGCUGUGGUCAAUCACAGAGUGGACAAACAUGCACAUUACAACCAAACCACACUUGAGCUGCACAACACCGAGACAUUCGAACAGAGACAGGUGACUCAUUUUCAGUUCCUCAGCUGGCCUGAUUACGGGGUUCCGUCCUCCGCUCUGUCCCUGAUUGACUUCCUGGGUGCCGUGAAGCACCAGCAGCAGUGGGCGGUGCAGGCUUUCGGCUCACAGUGGAGGGGUCAUCCGCUCGGCCCGCCCAUGGUGGUCCACUGCAGCGCUGGCAUCGGCCGGACCGGUACUUUUUGUGCGCUGGAUAUCUGUUUGUCCCAGCUGCAGGACGUCGGGACGCUUAACGUUUGCCAAACGGUUCGACGGAUGAGAGCGCAGCGUGCCUUCAGCAUCCAAACACCUGAGCAGUACUAUUUCUGCCACACCGCCAUCCUCGAGCAUGCCCAGAGACAGGGCCUGCUUUCAGCCAAUCAGUGAGCAGCAAGGCCACUCAUAGCCAAUCAGAGACCAAAAAGGUCUGAUCCCAACCAAUCAGUAAGAGACCAGUCCUGCUCUCAUCCAAUCAUGACAAAGCUUGAUUGAUCGGCAACUCUUAAAUCCUAAUCAAAAUCACUGGGUUUUGAUUAAUCUGUUGUUGUUAAAAGACGGGCAGCGUAAAUGGUAACUAUGAAUAACUCCGUAUGAAGGGGGCGUCUAAAUGUUCAGUGAUCCUGCUGUAGUGUAGUCUAUGUAACAUUGUGCUGCAUUUUGUGCAGUUUAUUCUGUGAAUUUUGUCCAAAUUGUCAAAAUUCAUAUUUCACGUGUAAGCUUCGAAUCUGAUGUGAUUCAGGACAAACGAACAUACAAUUUGUCAUGCUGUAGGUCUUUUAACUCCGUGACACCUCAGACCAAGAGUCCAUCCGCGCGUUUAACUUUCCCAAAAAUGUAAACGAUGUCUUCAUUUACUCACCCUUGUGUCAUUUCAAAUUGAUUUUUUUUUUCUGUCGUGCGUGUUUGAAAUGACCCGACGGUGAGUUUUCUACUCAUGUCUGACCCAUGGGAUGCAGUCAUUGCACACUAGAGAUUUUUAUGUAUUUGCUGGAAAUUGAAUGCAGAUUUUCUGUCUAAACUCUGCCUGUAUUCUGUAUCAGGAAUGUCUCUGUAGUUUGUAGUCCAUUUUUUUAGCGGUUGCGUCUGGAGAUGAUGGUUUAGAGACGGCCAGGAUGAGGAAAAGUCUUCUCACAUCAACUGGGUGGAUCGGUAAACCUGUAUAAUGUAACAAUUACUAAACUGAUAUAGUCUUUUUUUUUUUUUUUUUUUCUUUUUUUUUAGUGUGAUGUAAGUGUGAGAUGGCUACAUCGAUUCAUUUACAUUUAUAAUAAUUUUGUCUGUUAAUAUUGUACUAAAAACCUGUUUCAAAUAUAUAAACGCUCCUGUAAAGUGCAUUUAGAAACACUUUUUUUAUUUUGUUGUGGGUUGAAAGAGUCUUUGCUACUGAAUUCAUAUUGAAUUUCCUUGUAGUGAAGCAUCUGUACACACUCCCAGUGAUUCCAGGAUCUGCAAUCUUGCCUUGAUGGGCACACAAUGUGACCAUUUGUAUUUUUUUAUUAUACCCAUGCUUUGUUUUCACUUAUUAUUCUCACAUAUAAAAUUUACGUAAAUUAUAUUUUCUUUUAUAUACAAUUUUAUGUCUCGUUUCUUACGUUAGUAGAAAAACUAACCUGUAAUGUCAAGCUUGUGAUUCUCAAAAAGUUGACAGCGGUUCUUUUAGUGAUGAAAUGCUUUGCCCUGCAGUUAAAAAGCCUUAUUCUUUCUGUAUGUUUGAAGUGAGUGAAACGUUUAUGUGAAAAGACUGUACAGGUUUCGGCUGUCUUGGUGUCUAUCUCGAACUCAAAACUGAGCUAUUCAAACUGCAAUAUCAUUUGAGCAAAACCAAAUCAAAACCAUGUGUUUUAAAGUUUAUUAAAAGGACAAACUAUA